AUAGUAUGGAAGGUACCUAUAUGUAAGUUGCGAUCGCAGUUGCAGUUGCAUUUUGCAUUUGCAUUUGCAUGUGAGGCUAAGUCCGUGUAGUACUUGCCAUACAUGUAUGCAGUUUCCCCCUGUACCGUCAUUGUCAUUUUCACUGUCAUUGUCAUUGUCACUAUCAUUGUUACAUAAUACAUUGUACAUAUAUCUUUCUUCCUUCAUUUGUUCGUUCAGAAACUUUUCCAUUCCAUUCGCGUUAAUCGCGUUUUCUUGUUUGCAACCAUCACUUUGCCGAUCUGGUAUGACUAUCGAAACUUGGACCACGCUGUGUGGUCGCCUACGGAGUCUACCUGCAUAGUUAGCUUCCUUCUAUUCCUCGGAGUAUUUCCUCAUGCUCUAUCACAUGCUUCAUUCUUGAAUCUCGCUUUCUUCCAUAAUAUAUCUUUUAUGAAUAUUUUAUUGUCUAAACUCUUAGCAACUCCUCAGCUUUCGUACUCUUUUAUCUUGUAGAAAUCGAUGACAUCGUCGACUAACUGGGUGCCCAGGAAGAAGGUCGCCAUCGUUGGCAGCGGUUCUGCUGGCAUUGGUGCUCUAUGGGCAUUGAAUCGCACUCAUCAUGACGUCUAUCUUUACGAGGCGGCUGACCGCCUGGGUGGCCAUACCAAUACGGUAGAAUGGAAGAAGGGCAAAUUCACCACCUCGGUCGACACCGGCUUCAUCGUUCUUAAUACUGCAACAUACCCAAACUUCAUUAAUUUCCUCAAUCAUGUCAACGUCAAGACCGUGCCCACUCAGAUGACCUUUGGCGUUUCGAGGGAUCGUGGGAAAUUUGAGUGGGCAGGGACGAGUUUGGGCUCCCUAUUCUGUCAGAGGAGGAACCUUUUCUCCCCAAGGAUGUGGAGGCUUCUUUUCGAUAUCAUCCGGUUCAAUAAAUUUGCUCUUGAUUUGUUGAAAGAGGACGAUGAGGAUGCCUAUCUCAACCCCGAAGCCUCAGCUACACCCCUAGAAACCAUCGGCCAGUAUCUGGAGAGAGAAGGGUACUCUGAAACUUUUCGCAAUGACUACCUAAUUCCUAUGACGGCUGCAGUAUGGAGUACGAGUCCGGAUAAGUGCACCUUGGAGUUUCCGGCUGUAACACUUGUGCGCUUCAUGUGGAAUCAUCAUCUUCUAAGUACAGUUGCGACAAGGCCCGACUGGCUUACGCUCGCGGACGGCGCGAAGUCAUACGUCAAUGCAGUUAUGAGAGGAUUCCCGCCGAACCAUAUGUUCCUCAAAACUCCAGUUAAGCAUGUCAGCAACGAUAAAAACGGACGUGUCAGGCUACACUUGGAAAACGACAAGACGGAGGUAUAUGAUCACGUCAUAUUAGCCACGCAUGGGGACCAAGCAUACCAGAUCAUUAGGCCUUCGGCUACAGCCGAGGAGCGGGCCAUCAUGUCCUCAUUUGAAACCUCUGAAAAUACCUGCGUUCUCCACUCGGAUCUUUCGCACAUGCCGAGACGUCAGAGUUCCUGGUGCGCUUGGAAUUGUCUCACGAUGUCAUCGCCGUGGACGGGGAAGGGCAUUGGCCAAGUAUCGCUGACUUAUAAUAUGAACAUUCUACAGCAUAUUCCGAGGCAGCCUUUUGGCGACGUCCUGGUGACAUUGAAUCCUAUCCAGGAACCGAAACCUGAGACGGUACAAGGUCGAUAUUCAUACUCACAUCCGCUGUAUAAUGCAGCAGCAAUUCGGGCACAACAAGCCCUACCGUUGAUACAGAACACAAGAGGGAUUAGCUACGCGGGCGCAUGGACGAAGUACGGUUUCCACGAAGACGGGUUUAGCAGCGGGCUGUACGUAGCCCAGGCUCAUCUCGGUGCCAGAUUGCCCUUCCACUUUAUAGAUUCGACAUAUAGUCGCGGAAGGCAACCGAAAUUGGGAAUCCUAGACCUGCUUACGAGGGUUGUGAUCUUAUUGAUUCAAGUAUUUGUCAUAGAGUUGCUAGAGCGGGUAUUCGGCAGGUCCAAGAAGAGAGUAUCGAAACGAUUGAAAGACGUAGGAAACGGAACGGUAAAAGCGCCUAGAAUUAGAUUGGUAAAUGGGAAAUUGGUGGCAUAGGUUAGGUGAGCUUUAGGUUAAAUAGAGUUUUUUUUUUUUUUUUUUUUAUGAAUUAGGUACCUCCUAGUUAAGAUGAUUAUUGUAUGGCAUGGCACCCUGGGCAUCGCAGAGUUGCUAU